AUGGAGGCGGCUGCAGCGGUGGUGCUGGUGCUGUUGCUGGCGGCAGCGGGGCCGGGCCGGGCGCGGCCAGACGUGCUGCGGGAGGAACUGCUGCUGAGCCCGUUGCCCGCCGGAGACGUGGCCGCCACCUUCCAGUUCCGAACGCGCUGGGACGCGGACCUGCAGCGGGGCGCGGUCUCUCACUACAGGUUGUUCCCAAAGGCGCUGGGACGGCUGGUGGCAGCACUGGGUGUGCGGGAGCUCCACCUUGCCCUCACCCAGGGUUUUUGGCGCACCCGGACCUGGGGGCAGCCACCUCUCCAAGCACCUGCUGGUGCUGAGCUCUGGGUCUGGUUCCAGCCCACCGUAACUGAUGUUGACAAAGCCUGGAAAGAGCUGAGUAAUAUCCUCUCAGGAAUAUUCUGUGCUUCUCUCAACUUCAUUGACUCAACCAACACAGUCACCCCAACAGCAUCCUUCAAGCCCCUGGGCUUAGGCAAUGGUACAGAUCACCAUCUCCUGCGAUAUGCUGUCCUGCCCCGGGAGGUCGUCUGCACAGAGAACCUCACACCGUGGAAGAAGCUGCUCCCAUGUGGCUCCAAGGCUGGGCUUGCUGUGCUGCUGAGGGCUGAGCGCUUGUUCCACAGCAGCUACCACUCACAGGCAGUGCACAUCCGCCCCAUCUGCAGGGAUGCCUCUUGCCUGUCUCUGUCCUGGGAGCUUAGACAGACCCUCACUGUGGUCUUUGACAGCUUUGCCAGUGGCCAAGGAAAGAAAGACUGGUCCCUCUUCAGGAUGUUCUCUCGCACGCUUACCGACGCGUGUCCUCUGGCAUCGCAGAGCAAAGUCUACGUUGACAUCUCUCCUAAGAACAAGGAAAAGGAGUUAUUGGAAGUCACCCCACCUCCAGCAUCUCUACAUGAAGCUGUUGUCCAGGGUGAGAAGAGAACCUAUGCUGUCUAUGACCUGCUGAGCCCCUUGCUCUUCAACACAUCUCGCAGUCUCAACGUGCAGCUGAAGUGGACACGGCCCCAGGACAGCUCGGAGCUGCCCAUACCUGUCCUCCAUGCUCACCGCUACGUGAGCGGGUACGGGCUGCAGACCGGGGAGAUCAGCACCCUGGUCUACAACACCCACCCCUACCGUGCCUUCCCUGUCAUCCUGCUGGAGACUGUGCCCUGGUACCUGCGGCUCUACGUGCACACUCUGACUAUCAUCACCAAAGGGAAGGAAAACAAGCCAAGUUAUAUCCACUACCAGCCAGCCCAGGACCGGAGACGGCCUCACCUCUUGGAAAUGCUGAUCCAGCUGCCAGCCAACUCCAUCACCAAGAUCACAAUCCAGUUUGAGAGGGCCUUAUUGAAGUGGACAGAGUACCCACCUGACCCCAAUCAUGGCUUUUAUGUUGGUUCCUCGGUGCUUAGUGCCCUGGUUCCCAGCAUCAUUGCGAUGAAGGAAGUGGACAUGGAGCAGAGCCCCCUCUUCACCUCACUGUUUCCUUCCUCGGAUGGCUCCAGCUAUUUUGUGCGCCUGUACACGGAGCCGCUGCUGGUGAACUUGCCGACGCCAGAUUUCAGCAUGCCCUAUAAUGUCAUCUGCCUGACCUGCACUGUGGUGGCCGUGUGCUAUGGCUCCUUCUACAACCUGCUGACCAGAACCUUUCAUGUGGAAGAGCCGAGCCGGGGCGGGCUGGCCAAGCGUCUGGCCAACAUCAUCCGCAAACUCAGAGGGGUGCCCCCGCUCUGAGAGAAACCAGAGCUGGCCAUGGGCCUCCCUGGGAGACCUGCAGCAUUGUGUCUCUUCCC